AUGGACUAUACACAAGUCUUGCACUCUGAGAGUGCGAAAGAAUUCCGACUUCCAAAGAAUGUCACAGAAGACAACUGGAAGUCUCGCAUGUCCUUCUGCAGCAAUCUCACAGAUACGAUCAAUAGCCAUGGCAGCGAAGGACUCCCCAAGGACUUCCACGUCCAAAUCGAGCCAUAUCUCAACAAUAUCCUAGAGUGUGCUCUAUCAGAGCGCACACAAUUGUCCAACGCAGCAUGCAGAUUGUUAGAAAGACUGCCAGAAGUGUUAGAAAGAGAUAUGCAUCCACAUCUCGACCGAAUCUUACCUGUUCUCAUCAAACUCUGCGCAAACACAAAACAGGUCACAGUCAAGGUUGCUGCCGCUGCUGCCGCCAGCAUUAUCAAGCACUCUACCUAUAGUCCACGUCUCCUCUUUCACGCCUGCGAUGUGUUCGACCAGAAACCGGCAGGACCCAAAAUCUAUGGCACUGAAUGGCUUCAGACCAUUCUGAAGCAGUAUCACAGACACAUUGAUUUGAACAAAGAUGGCAGGAUGGUUUGCAAAGCUAUCUUGUUGGCUCUCGAAGAUGCAGAUGCCACGGUCCGUACCAAGAGUCGUGCUACCUAUUGGACAUAUAGCAGACUCGAUCCUGAUGGAGCUCAUGAAAUCAUGGACAAGCUCGAUCAACACAAGAAAACCGCACUAUUGAGUGACCCCAGCAAUCCAGACAAGAAAGCUGUUGGCACAAAGAAGGAACCUCCAAGACCUCGCUCAGCACUGGCUGAUGUUCGCAAAGAACAAGCCAAGAAGAAACGUGCUGAGGAAGAGGCGCAGAAACAGAAGAAAACUCUCAACACUUCCACGGCUAGCCACGAUAACAUUGAGGCUCUGGAGCCAAAGAAAGAGAAGCCGAAAAAGGAUGAAAGAACACAAGUUACCAAAGCCGUCUCAACUGAUAGGACAGUCGACGGUUGGCAACCGGCUCUCAAGAGUAAUAUCAAUCCACCUGCUGCACACAAAAAGACUUUGUCUCAGGACCACGAAGUUGCGAAGCCAUCAGCAAGCUCUCGCCUCCUCGCAGCGCCUGUUAGGCGACCAAAAUAUGCCAUCACUCCGAUGGCAGCACCUCAAAUCAGCCGGCCAUCUUCAAGAACUGGUCAUGCCACAACACAUAAGGAGAAGGAUGCACAGAAGGAGUCGAGACCCACAUCCUCAUCAAGUUGGAAGUCGGCCUCUGUUGGCCCCGGAACAGUAACCUCUCCAAAAUCGAAACCUGCAUCAACCACGAGUAAUACACCACCAAGGCUCGUCCCUAGCAAUCGUCGUCCUAUUGUGGCUCCCACUGGAGCAUCUAUCACUACUUCUCCUCCUAAACGGCCAACACAAGACAGUAGCUCUCCUGGAAGUAAGUCCAUACCAUCGAGAGCAAGAGCGCCAUACGUCGCCGAAGGCAAAGAAAAUGCAAUUGCUCAUCUUUUCGCCAAUACCAAACCUGUGCAAGGAGACAAUCAUGGUGAGCUCAUUGAAGAGCCUCCCAUUGAUUGGCAGAAACCCGCCCCUGGAAUGGAUAUAACAGAGGUACGCAAUGAGUUUGGACAUACGGAACUAUACAGGCAGCAAAACCCACCCAGACCUAGUCCACCCGUGAAGGGUCUUACACCCAUCGACCGAACACAAUUGGAGCACCGUGUAUCAGCAAGCGACGCAGAAAUGACGGCUCAGUGCAAGAACGGCGCGGUCCUGCCGAGAGAAAUGGGGUUCUUUAAACCUCCUAUGGAUGAAUAUCCUGAGAGACCUUUGACACCUUUGACAGAGGUGCCACAUAUACCAGUACGUGAAGUUCGGGCGGACUUGAAGCAAGCACGUCGAUUUGUUGCACAGAAUCUGCCAAACUUCAGACGCAACAGGCUGGAUGUGCUCAUGCUUCGAAAAUUGAAGAAUUAUGUCGAGUCUCAUCCAGAAGACCUUAUCGACGACGCAGGCACUUACAACCAGCUUUUCGAAAACCUGUGCUAUGCCAUUAGCAAAGCAGACGAUCUCGGAGAUGACGAGAAUCAGCGCAGGACCCUGUAUUCUCGAACACUUGUCUUACAACUUACGAGGAUGCUGCUCGAGAAGUAUCCUGCAUAUGCCUGGCCUUUCUGGUCUACUUGGAUCAAAUGCAUGAUAUGGUACAGGUGCAUCUUGGACACGGACAACGCAGACAGGCAAGUCCGGUAUCUUUUCGAAAACAUCAACUUUUGCAUCAAUCAACACCCUGAACCUUUAUCACUUAUUGAUAGUGUCAUGGCCGCCAUCAAAGAAGGCGAGUCUACUUUACUCAAAGCUGUCCACGACGAGGAGACAGCUACUCAAAGUGCUCGCGAGCAGGAAGAUCUUGCUUUUGAUAGUAUUGACAGCAACCGUGAAUUGCCAACUACCACCACUGAAGCUUCGUUGGACGAGCACAGCUCUUGGAACCCUUACUCUAUCAGAAGCCAUAUGAAAGUGAUGGCAGAGAUCACCGCCAGCAUAUACGAUGUCGAGAAUGCCAAGCAUAUGAGGGGAUAUAUGAUCAAGGCACUUAACGAGCACAAUAUCAAAACCAUCGACCACGAGCGUCCUUAUCCUCGGGCUCUACCACAGCUGAUUGCCACAUCUCUUGAAGCUCUUACAGAUAUUCUCAUCCGAGCCAAUAUUUUGACUAAUACUCUGGACAAGGCCGAUGAGACAAGACUAUUGGAAUUUGCAGAGUACUGCCUAGGUCAAUACGACUAUAUGAUCAAGAAGCCUGUCAUUGGUUAUGUCAAGGCUCUCUACAGUAUUAUGGAAGACCAGAACACAUUCUGGGCUUAUUUCGAGAACGAAAACGAGACGGAAAACGGACAACAGAACAAAGAAGAAAAAGCGAAGCGACAGACGUAUCGCAACUUGUUGGAGUACUAUAUCCAUACAAGUCGGCGGUAA